GACCAAAAAGUUGAUCGGUUAUAACUCAAAAGUUAUAACUGGAGUUAUAACUCGACUAGUUUUAACUCCCACACUGCCACACCCACACCCAACAACAUAUUCAGUAUCAAAACCUGAUGAAAUUGAUCAAUAUUGUGCUAUGAAAAUUCCAUGCAAUCUGAUUGGAAAAAAUCCCAUGUUGUUUUGGUCUCAAAAAUAUAUUCAAGACACGUUACCAUUAUUAUCACGAUAUGCUCGAACAAUUCAUGCUAUACCACCUACAUCAGCUUCAACCGAGAGAUUAUUUAGUAUAUCAGGUUAUACUUUUAAUAGUCGGAGGACAAAUUUGUUGCCAUCACAUUUAGAUGAUAUCUUGGUCAUUCGAUCAGGUUUACGUAUUAAAGUUGAAAAGCAUAGUGAAUAA